UGACUCAAGUCGGCCGCUCUACUUCUCUUCUUGACCACGAUGUCGGCCGACCCACCAACCCAGCCUGACACCGCUACCACCGACAUCGACCCCAUUUGGACCACCAGUCGUACAGCUAGGCAGAUAUAUGCUCUUGGUCAGGUUGAAAAGGUCAGCACUUGUCGUUACUGGACAAAUUCUGUAUCUUACGGGUAUAAUUUUCAGGACAUCGGCCGUCUUCUCUCCCUUGCCGCGUCCUCAAUUUCACUGCUCACCUUGCCGCAAGCUGACGGUCCCAAUGAUGGUCUUCCUCAGGGAGAAGAGCGCUCCGAACAGUUUGUAUUGGAGGCCAACGAAUACUUUGAAAUUCUUGACUCUAUCCAAGUUUCCAUCCGUUCAUCACUAGCCCACAUCCGUCACUCGCGGAUAGCGCCUAGCGCGAUCAACGCCCCGCCACUGGGUUCCAUUCCACCUAGUUUGGGGGUUGUACUUCCCGAAGGUGAAGGCGAAGGAGAAAGCAGGGGGUUGCAAGAGACGAGGGUAGAGAGGGAUGCAUGGAACGGUAUCCUGGACGCAUUAACACGCAUGAAGAGCGCUAUGGAGGAACAAUCCAGGGACAUCGAGACGUAACAUGUCCGGGGAUAACUCUUGAAGGAUAUAUUAUCAUUUCUACGAACGGCGGUCCUUUCCUUUCCAUUCUGUACACCGAUUAGCCGGCCGCCUUGAAGGCGGACGACGACUUACGAAAGGUCAAUUGCCUUCAGUUGACCUU